AUGUCUUACCAACAGAACUCCCAACUCUUCGCAUACCUCGACGACUCCCAACUGUAUGGGUCGCCUCCCGCUUUCCCAUAUCUUUCGCCACCGACGCCACCGAAUCUCCCCCUCUCGCAACUAUCCUACUCUCGCCCCGCCUAUGAGCAAAGCUGUCAGGAGUGGGAUCAGUUCCUACCAACAACAGGGGUGCCGUACCCCAUGUACAUGCCGAUGGCAUCGCCGCCAUCUGUCACCUCGCCCGGCCAGUUCUACAGCCAGCCCUGGAUGUCGGAGGAGAUGGCGCAUCCUCAACCUUAUAUCGACGUCGCUGCGUUUCGUCCUUCGAGCGACCCCUCGAAGCUGUUCCUAAACGAUAGUCAAUGGUCAUCUGCGUCUAGUGUGUCGACUUACACCGCACCACUGACCUCCCCCACGCCAUCCAUGACCUACGCCAGCACAGCGUCUUCUCGUGCAUCGACCUCGUCGAGGUCAUCCCCAUCCACUAGCCCACCUAGGAUCUUCAGCGAGGAUCCCCACACAGGCGAAGAUAUCUUCGCAUAUCUGGAGGGCACGCCCAACUCUGCGCUCGGGCUUGCGCACGUGCCGAGCACUCCGACGCGCGGGACGGUCUCUCCUGUGCCACUGCCGCCUACAGAGCCCUCCGGGCCAUCCACACGGCGGUACGUUAUGUGGAACGAACGGCUCGUCGUGCCAAACCGCCGCACAAUGACGGCUAGCACGUCACCAUUAGGCUCGGGUACAGAUCACGUACCCAGCCUAAUCCCUUCUGGCCUUCCUGUGGGAGGCCAGAAACAGAUUACAACCGAACACGAAGACAUCGUACCAAGUGCCUUUAUCACAGGCAUGAUGGGCGGUGUUUUCAACAAUGACCACGGUCGCUACGUCAAGGCUGUCGACACACACGCCACUGGCAACAACGUCCAUGUCGCCACCGCGGUCCAACCAGUCACUAAGAAACCUCGAUUAUCUUCCUCGUCAGCUCAUACGCGAACCAAGACGCGCUCGAAGACGAUGAGCAAGCGGUCAGAGCGUCUCCCAAUGCGUACCACCGACACUGUCGAGCAGACCACGCAGCAGGCACUGCGCAAGCAGAAACGGAAGGCGCCCGACGACGCCGGCGCCAACAGACCCUGCGCUGUGAAGAAAGCCAAGUGCUCUUCCGAGUCUAACACAGGUCCUAAGACGUAUCCCUGCGAAUUUCACUGCGGACACGAGUCACUCAUUCGGUACGAUACCAAGCGACACAUGGCCUACUCCUGCCCUUUGAGGCCCAAUAGAAGCCGAAAACCCUUCCCAUGCUCCAUGUGUGACAAGGGGUAUUCGCGAAAGGACGCGCUGAUUCGACAUGUGAGAAACGAGCACGAGAAGUGCAUCGAGGCCGAGAGACUCCACGCCGACUCUGGUGGACACAACGACCACUAA